GAGGGAUGAGGGAAUAAAUCGCAUCGAUGUUUACGAACCAGUCGCUGAGAUUAUGCAAAACUUGAUGACCUAGCCAUAAUGUAUGACCAGAAGCCAUCGGACUGGCUGAUCUACAUUCAAAAAUUGCGAUUAAAUUUUUUAGAAAAAAAAUAAUUUUGUUCUUUUCACUCUUUCGUACGUGUUUCAACCGGACCAGGUUAAGCCAGGCUAAGUAGAGGUGGAAUGUGGGAAGAGAAUAACGGGAACGAUAGAAAGAUAGAUGCGCAAGACUUUCUAUGUGUUUUAUCUUUUUAACCGCCUCACUUAGUAUUCGCUUUACUGUUUGCCGGUCCACCCACGCGGAUUCUUCCGAUGGUAAUAGUAGCCUAUGUUCGGAACGAACUCGAAUAAUCCUUAAAAGAAUUUUUUUUUUUUCUUUCAGUUAAGAUUUUUUCUUCUUGGCGGUAAUCAAUAUUAAAAGUCAAAGUCGAAGUUAUCUGGAGUUAGUCCAAUUUUCUAUCCCUUUUCACUUCUAACUUUAGAACAAGAUAGAUACAAAACUUAUCUCUAUUUUGUAAUUAUGCUCUGUAUUUCAAAUCUGAACUGCUCUUUCAAGGUCUAAUGAUUUUUCUUCUAACGCAGACAAGUGAAAACAUGGUCCUUCUCGAUGACAAAUAUAAUAAUCAGUCUUUACUCUUUUAACAGGAAAAGUCUGGAUCAUCUUCGUUCAAAGAAACACCCGCUGUUUGCACUAUGCAAGCAUAGAAAAAAUCGGCUGGUAGCUGACAAAGAAGAAAUACGAAGAAAAGCAAAAGCGCGUAGCUAUAAAACUCUUUCGGUUCAAAGUGCAAGAUUUGUCUGUAAAAUCAAAAUUAACUGCACGAUGUAAAGAACAUACAUUUUCUAAGAUAAUUCUGCGCAAAACAAAAUAUAACACUGUCUUAAAAUUUUAUUGAAUAUACCGACACAAGAGAAACGAUAUAUUCUCUCUAAUAGAAUUUCAUUUUGUAAUAACAUCUCAAGAAAGAUCUGAAGGUAAUAGAAGCUAAGAUAAGGCGGAAGGCACGCUCUCUCUCUCUCUCUCUCUCUCUCUCUCUCUCUCUUAUUAAUUAUAUCAUUUUAUCUCUGCGCUUUUGCAUAAAUAAUUCACAAUCGAAAAUAAAUCAAGUGAUCUUCGCCCCUCCGGCGGAGAAUCCGAAAGCGCCGCGUCGCGCGAGUUGCCUCCCUUCGCACGCCGCGCCGCGCCGCGCAUCGUUCUACCGCUACACGCCCUUGAAGAAGAGAGAUGAGCGAAGAAGAGGGAACGCUGGAGGUCUCAUCGAGGCCGGUGAUCGAGGUCGGGUUUUAGACAUCGUGUGACGUCUAAAUGGACGGUACCGUUGCUCAGGAUCAGGAGGAAAGGGAAGGACAGGCGCGUUACCGUGGCGAACGGCAAUCUCAAGUUUCCUCCUCGAUCGCUCGUAGAGUCUGCAUCGGUACCUGCUAUCCAUAGUCCGAACCAGACGCCUAUACUGACCCACUCUCACUCUCACCUUUCUCUUUCCCUCUGUCUCCUUUUAGAUUUUCUCCUCUCAAGAUCGAGCGGCUCUGCCUUCUCUCGCGCGUUAUCGAAAUGAUAAGGUGGAUACACGCACUCCACUCCGCGAGAUCACAUUCGAAGGAAAAGAUAAGGAAAUAGAGUCCCGAAACGAGGUGAAGACGUUGCGAGACUAAUCCCUAAACAGCACAUGAUAUCGUAUGAAUAUUCUAGAAUAUUCUAGAUAUCGUACGAACAUUCGCACAAUAUCGCGAUAUCGUGCGUAUAUUUGUAAAAUAUCACAAUAUUCGUUCGAUAUCUUGUGCUGUUGGGGAUGUUACCAGCAACGCCCAGCGCGACUGAUAAUUAAAAUUUAGAGAUAAAACGCGCAUGUACCAACGUGCGAGCAGAGAAAUGGCACGUGUCGGCAAAUAAAGAACAAAAAAAGAAUGCAGGUUGUCGGCACAUCCCAUUAGCAAGCUGGUGUUAAAAACGCUUCGGAAUGAUACACGACAAAUAUUUCUCGUGCGAAUAUCUUCGAUGCAAAUAGCUCAUCUACGCAGAACAGUGAAUCGUUACGCAAUUUGCGACGGACAAUUGCGACAAGCACAAAAGCGGAUGACGAUACCUGCAAUUAUAGAUUAGAUUGGUAAAUGAUUGACAAUUGACUAAUUGCCGCGGCGCUCCGGCCGCGGCAAGGGUUGCCCGAGAACGUCAGUCGGCCACGUCCGGUUAAGAUGAGGCGCGCGCUUCCAGUAGUUUUGCUUCACUUAUGGUGGAAUUCUCUCCCGGAAGUAUGUUCCUCGAGGUAAACAACUUCAUGCUCCUUCAAAAGUCAUUUUCGCCUCAUUGCGCACAGCGCGACGAACCGGGCCGUUUCGUCGCGGCGUCUCUUUUAUCGCUUUCGAAUGUUAUCGAAGAAAAAUUGUGCGUAUUGCAAUUUUCCGUCUGAGACGCGAAAGGGAGUGGAUCCAAGUUCGCGCGGAUCAAUUUCUUUUUUAUUCGCAUCAUCGUUAUUAGAAAGAGGCAAGCCACAACAGAAUAAAGCAAUCGAGCUGCCGUUUCCUAGAAACUGCAAAAUGGGAUAAUUUGAAGCUAACAUGUGGCAGGUCUAUGAGAAAUCGUUACGAUGAUUAAUGUUGUUCAAUGUACACGUUACUUAAUGUUUAAUUUGACAGUGUGCGCUCGUAACAUCCAACUCUUUGCGAUAUCUUUCCUCGAAAAAAAAGCAACAAUUUUUCCAACUCCGGUCUUUUACUCGCCCGCAGAAAUGCGAUAUUAAGUCUCGCUCGUUAACACACACCUCUCUCUUUCUCGUGCGAUCAAACAAGUUACCUAACCGAAAAGAUAAACAGCAGUUCUAUCUCCGAUGGUACAUACACGUAAAGUCUUAUAGGAUCAAAAUAUUCUCCCGCGUUUUAAUAUAACGAGACUUCCCGAUGAGUCAGAAAUGAAAGAUGCGAGAAAUACAAAUGAUUUAAAACGACGUUGACAAUGUUGAAUAAACAAAUUGCGUUAACAAUAAUAGAUAAAAGAAUUUUAAUGAUGAUGAGAGAUGGGAUUUCCCUCGCAGCUUGUUCAACGAAGAUGUCAACAAUUGCACUAUGACGUCGAGGCUAAUUCUACCAGAAGAUUAUGUCAAAGAUAAAACUCUCUGCAGCAAUUAGACCAUUGGGAGCGCCUGUAAUCGUCAACUUCAAUAUUUUAGUGGUCGACAUUAACUCUAUCAACGUUGAAGAUAUGGAUUUUCGUGUGGACAUGUUCGUUAGUCAAAGUUGGAUAGAAUCUCGACUGAAUACGUCUCAAGAUAUUUUUGAAGAAGGCGACGAUUAUGCCAUACUUCCCCCGGAAUUUUUUGAUAAUCUUUGGCAACCGGAUCCAUAUUUUUUAAAUUCGAAAGUUUCCGAGAUUGCGACUUUAAACCGUAAAUUCUCAUUAGUCACGUUAUACCGAAAUAAAACUAUUAAAUAUUUUGCACGAAUUAACGCUAUUGUCGCCUGUCAAAUGGAGUUUCAAUUGUACCCGAUGGAUAUUCAAAUCUGCCCAAUUUACAUAGAAAGCUUUUCUUAUGACAGAAAAAAAUUGCGCUUAAAGUGGGACGCGGGCGGUGUUACGGUAAAUCCCGAAUUGAAGCUUCUACAAUACGACAUUGGGAAGCCAAUGGUAUUCGAAGAAACUAUAGAUUAUAUGCUCGAGAAAAAUGGAAAUUUCUCACGACUUGUAGUCUUCUUUCGCUUCGAGAGGCAAAUCGGUCACCACUUGAUACAAACGUUCGCACCGUCGACUCUCGUUGUGAUGCUCUCCUGGUUCAGCUUCUGGCUGGACCUGGACGCGAUUCCUGGUCGAAUAGCUCUUCUGGUGACGAGUAUGCUUACAUUGGUAACGAUGUUCACCGGUCUUAAAAGUGAUAUUCCACCAGUGGCGUAUAUCAAAGCAUUGGACGUUUGGAUGGCUGGCUGCAUGAUGUUCGUGUUCGCAGCUUUAAGUGAAUUCGUCGUAGUGAAAGUGCUCGACUUCCGACGCAUAAAAAAUGAUACGCAAAGUUUCAUGGAAUCUUGCUCGUUCUCGCGAUUAAUGAUGAAAAGACAAAGCGUUUGGAAUGGUGAGUUCUUACAUGCGAGCAAAUCGAGAAAUAAUCCUACCAAUAAGCAUCUACUGCCAACUCUCUGGCUAGAUCCUGAAUGCCAGAUUAAACAAACGUGUAAAACACGCUCUCAACAAAUAGAUUGCUACAGCAGAGUUGUAUUUCCUAUACUCUUUUUGCUUUUUGUGGUUCUAUAUUGGCCGAUAGUAUUGUUUAAAAGCGCUAUAAUAAAAUAAAUUAAAAAUGUUGAACUUUAUUAGUAUUCCAUAUAUAUAUAUAUUCGGCACUUUUCAUAUUUAAAAAUUAAACAAGUCAUUGUUGAUUAAAACUUAGAAAUGUAUCACGUGAAUUUGCAUGUGACUGAGAAGCGAAAUAUAUUUUUUCUUUCGGCA